AUGUCUCUCAGCCAACUCCCCAACGAGCUACUCGAAUAUAUACUAUCGUUUUUACCUCCUCUAGAAAUAGCAAAAUGUCGACAAGUAUCUCACUUGUUUUGUGGUAUCAUCGAGGCCUCUGUCGCAUUGCGUAUUCACAUAGAACUGGCUAUCGACGGACUCGUACUACGUCCUCAAUCAGAGAUGAACUUUCUGCCUCAGAACUUGUCAGUCCUGCUGGACAAGGCCAAGCGUCUGCGAUACGCUCGAGAUACGCUUCAACCAGAGUCAAUGUGGACAUUGCAAUAUCCAGGAGAUGAUGGAAGAUACGAGGCAAGUUCCUCGCUCCCGCGACGCAGAUUCACAGACGGUGUAUUUGUAUGGUCAGAUUACGGCUCAAACUCUGAAUGGCCGACUACUAUAAGAUGCGAAGAAUUGGCGCCAAAAUCUGCCCAAUCUAUGGCACCAAGCUCACUGGAAACCUCAAUCACGAUCCGCGACUUGACCUUUUCGGCGCCUGAUAACCUACUCGUACUCUUGGAGGUGAAAGAGAAUAUGUACAGAGUGUAUUUCAAAACACUCAGCACCGGCGAAGAUCAUCCCAAAGCAAGUUCACCCAUCGUCGAAGAUAAAGCACACGUGGUGCUGCCUAACGAGACUGCAUCACUCCACUUACGUGGAAAGCAUCUGGUACAAUGCGGUCACUUAUGGAUCGCACUAGAUUGUAGAAUGGGUUCCGUUCGGAUUUGGAACUGGCAGACAUCCGAGGUGAUGCGGCCUAAUGCUUGCUGCUUGGACGCUGCAUUCAUUUCAGACGACUUGGUUCUGCUAUUCGUAGACUGGGAAAAUCCACAGGACACCAGACCAAGCGGGAUCGGUAGUCUUGGACUGGCUGUCUUCUCGUUGGUCAAUGGUCAAAUUACAUACCGGAUCGAAACGCCAUUCCCAAGUUUACCAUGUGGUGUCAUCUUUGGCGGACCACAAGAAAGCCAAAUGACCCCGUCGCCUGCGAAGUUGGGAGGAAUGUUUGCAUCUGAUGAAUCUCUCUCCAUCAUCGUAAUCGAGACAGCUGGAUGGGAUACUUGGAUGGACACAAUGUAUUUCGUGCUCUCCUGCAGAGCUCUUCAGCAAGCCCUCGACGCAACUAAUGGCUCCCAGAAUAAAGAGUACGACAUAUAUGGGCAUAAUAUCGUGAAAUGGGACACAUGGGGAAGAGAUGGCACUCGAAUUCUCCCGCAAAAUAUGUUUUCGCAUUCCGGAGAACGCUCUGUCCACGGUGCGCGCGUUGCCCUCCGUGGGCCCCCGGACAGGAUUACGACCGAUUGGACGACUUGUCGAGGCUUUGGUUACCCCCAAGAGGUGUCAAGCGACGUCCUGACUGUUCUCGACUUCAAUCCUCGACCAAUCAUAAGAGGGGAUCCGCUACCGGACGACUCGGACGACUGGGUGUACCUUUCCUGUGACAAGCCGACGACAUGCACCAUAUUCAGUGUCGAAAGCAGACUUGUGGACGUUGAGACGGCGUUGCCAUUUCGCGCGAUGGUCAGUCGAAAAGCAUGGCAGGCUCAGUACACACAACUCUACUCGACGGCUAUCCUCCGACAGCAGGAAACAACGUUUGAGAUAAUGUCAUUCCUUCCAGUUGGGGUUGAUGAUGGUGGCGAAGGGUUUUGCAGGGCAUAG